AUACCUUUUUUGGUUCUGUCUUCUUCUUCUUCUUCGCUUCUUGUUUUGUUUUGUUGACGAAUCUCUCCAAUACCAUUUGUUUGUCUUCUCGUUUUGUUUUGCAAUCACAGAUCCAUUAUUUUUCUUCAUUGGAUCUCAUCAUCACGACACAAUGAAUGGCUCCUCUGAUCUUAAUCCUACUGAGAGCAAACCUUCUCUGUCACAUCUUGCUCCAUUAGAAGCCAUUCUGUUUGAUGUUGAUGGAACACUCUGUGAUUCAGAUCCCAUUCACCUUAUUGCCUUUCAAGAACUGCUUCAAGAGAUUGGUUUUAACAAUGGUGUCCCAAUCGACGAGAAGUUCUUUGUUGCUAACAUUGCUGGCAAACACAAUUCUGAAAUUGCUCAACUUCUGUUCCCUGAUGAUGUUCCUAGAGGGAUACAAUUCUGUGAUGAAAAAGAAGCUCUUUACCGCAAACUUGUUGCAGAAAAGAUUAAGCCACUAGAUGGGCUUAUAAAGCUGACCAAAUGGAUCGAAGAUCGUGGUUUGAAACGAGCUGCGGUUACAAACGCUCCAAAAGAAAACGCAGAGCUAAUGAUAUCAAAACUCGGUCUGACUGAUUUCUUUCAAGCAGUGAUACUUGGCUCUGAAUGUGAAUAUCCAAAACCACACCCUGGACCUUACUUGAAGGCUCUUGAAAUCCUUAACGUGUCAAAGGACCACACGCUAGUGUUCGAAGACUCGAUCUCUGGGAUAAAAGCUGGAGUUGCAGCUGGAAUGCCCGUGAUCGGACUCACUACAGGGAAUCCAGCUAGCAUCCUUGUGCAAGCCAAACCCGCUUUUCUCAUCGAGAACUAUGCGGAUCCUAAACUGUUGGCUGUGUUGGAAGAACUUGAUAACAACAAGGGGAGUUCUCAAAAGUUUUGAAAGGAUAAAAGAGUUUGGCUUAUGGAGAGACCACACAGACGUGAGCAGCCUCUGAAGUCCUCUUAGUUGAUUACUGUUGAAUAAUUCUUUGAGAACUUAUGACAAUGGAAGCUUUCAAAUACCUUAUUAUUCCUGUAUUGAUCAUACAUACACUUAAACCAUUGUCACCAAAUCUGUUAAUGGUUACUAUACUUUUGUCUAAUUUCCAUAAUUUUUCUUUUGUUAA